CGAAUUUUUGUUUUAAUUUUUUUUUUCGAUAUUUUUUUUUUGAAAAUUUUAAUUUUUCCACCAAAAAUGCACUCAAUAAGCAUUUUGUGCACUGUCUUCGCAUUAUGCGCCUUGCUGUUGCCAGCUUUCGGCAGCAGCAGUGUGGUGAGCAACUGUCCUGCUGGUGCAACAUGCCCGAUAAGUGGCAGCAGCACUGCAACAAGCAUCACCAGCACUACAACAGGCAAAACCACCGAAAACAACAACAACGAACACAAUUUCUUGAAAGAGAAACCAAAAGAUCUGCAAACCUGCCAGCGUAAGUCAGCUGAUUUUGAUAAAUGCAUCGUAAAUGCCUAUCAAAAUAUAUUCAGCACUUGGAAGCAAGGUAUCGAUGGCGUACCGCAUUCCACACCGAUCGAUCCGUUAUUCGUACAAGAAUUCGAAGUCAUCGAAGAUCGUGAAAACAUUACACCGAUCACAGUGAAGAUUAACAAUAUAACAGUAACCGGUUUGAGUGAGGCGAAGGUCAAGAGUGUCAACUUCAAGGAUAAUGAGUACGAUUUCAAAAUGACCUACUUAGUACCGAAAGUGCGACUGAACGGUCACUACACCGCCAAAGGAAACGUGCUGCUGCUCAAAAUCGACACGAGCGRUGAAAUGUUCAUGGAAAUACUUGAUGGCCUUUACACCGUUACGACCAAGGUCAUGUUGAAGACUUUGGAAAAUCAUAAAUUUUUCAAUCUGAAGGCGCUACAAUUUAAUGUGGACUCCAUAAAGGACUUGAAUUUGCACUUCGACAACUUGUUCAAGGACAAAGUGUUGAACGACAAUACGAAUGCCGUGUUUAAUGACAGCUGGCGUGUAUUUUUCGACAUAUUCAAGCCGAAAAUCGAAGCGGAAAUCAAUAAAGUACUAUUGGCGCACUUCCGCAGCGUGUUUGCCCAGGUGCCGGCCGAGUUUUUCAUCGCCGACGUUGCAACAGCGGAGGUGGCGUCUGCGGCGCAUCAUGACACGGCCCCCAGUACUGCACACAGUCGGAAUAUCAAAGAUAUUACGCAUUUGGAAUUGCAGCAGCCGCACGCCGCGCACGGCAGCGCAAAGACAGAGGAAAAGGAACACAAAUUGCACUAAAUUUAAUGCCUGAGCGGUUAAAUGGUGGAAUGAAGUUUAUGUAAUUGUUUCGCUUUGAUAAUAAUAAUACAACAACAUAUAUUUUUAAAUAA